UAAGUUUUCCAAUGUCAUUCUGUCAACUUGGGCGAUUACUAGUAGUUUUUGUAAGCAUUCGUUUGUUAUAGAAUUUGAAAAUGUCUCCCGUUUUUGAUGAAUAUACAGCGAUGAAUAACCCAGAUGAUUGGAGAGAUGCUGCCCACAGUACUGGAACUUCUAUAAUGGCAGCAGAAUUUGAUGGAGGGGUAGUUAUUGGAGCAGAUUCUCGUACUACUACCGGAGCAUAUAUCGCGAAUCGUGUAGCCGACAAACUUACUAAAAUCACAGACCGUAUUUACUGCUGUCGCUCUGGCUCUGCUGCAGACACCCAAGCAAUUGCAGAUAUUGUUGCAUAUCACCUGAACUUCCACGGUAUGGAAUUAGGUGAAGAACCUAGAGUUGAAGUUGGUGCUGCAAUAUUCAGAGAGCUCUGCUACAACUACAGAGAUUCUCUAAUGGCCGGAAUACUUGUUGCUGGAUGGGAUAACAAGAAAGGGGGACAAGUAUAUUCAAUUCCAAUUGGUGGUAUGUGUGUUAGGCAAGAGGUAUCUAUUGGUGGAUCUGGAUCAAGUUAUGUUUACGGUUAUGUAGAUGCAAAUUUCAAACAAAACAUGAGCAAAGAAGAAUGUGUUAAAUUUGUUACAAAUACUUUGGCUCUUGCAAUGUCACGUGAUGGUUCUUCAGGAGGGGUAAUCAGAUUGGGAAUCAUCACAGAAGCCGGUGUAGAAAGAAGAGUAGUUUUAGGAAAUGAAUUACCUAAGUUCUAUGAAGAUUAAAUUAUGUUUAAUAAAAUAAAAUUUUCAAUAUAUAAGUUUUAAAUCCAA